AUGAGCAAUGCUCAGCAAUUAACUGAGCUCGCAGUAUCUCACUCGUUUUUCCCACAGAUGCUUCGGUGUGUGGGCGAUGAUCUGGGUUCGCUCUUGUCCGAGAGGUGUCUUUUUGGUGCAACGCGGUGUGCAGAAAGCCACAAUCGACGGGCAAGACGAGCUCCAAAGUGCGAGUCGAAAGAGCGGCAAGACGAGGACAAGAAGGACAAGGCCAGACGUUGCCGGUAUCUGAGAGGGCAGCGGGUUGUUUGGAAUCGUCGGGUAGAGGGACGGGAUGGAUGGGGCUUCGAGUACCGGAACAUUACCAAUGUCGAAACUACGACUCUCAUCCUUGUAUGA